AUGGCAUUGUACGCACUGAGAACCUGUAUUUGUGACACGGUUGACUCAUUUUUGCUGUAUUUGCAGUUCGGGUCGGUGCCGAUAAAGGAAUUUAAUGACUGCUGUGUGAGAGUCGCAACGUCCCGAAACCAGGGAGCACUCACCGAGGAGGAGUUCCUCGCCUUCUACGGAUUGUUCAAACAGGCCAAGUUUGGAGACUGUAAGAAUGAAAAUGAAAUGUUAUUCUCGGAAGAACAAAUACUUAAAAGAGAGUCUUGGCUGAAUAUGAAGGGGCUGUCAAGGAAAGACGCGAUGAUAAAGUACAUAAACCUGGCGGAGAAACUGCUGGGAGACAGUAACGGCGACAUGGAAACAAACUCGACCAUACACACGAGCGGAUUUGUGGUUGAAAGCACGGAGAACUUCGAACACGACGAUUUCUUCGACCUGGUCGUGGAGGGGGAAUGUGGAAGAGUGGUCCAGUAUCUGUCUAGGAACCCGAACUUGGUUGCAGUGAGGAGUCCGGAGGGGCUGACGGCUCUGCAUUUGGCGGCGGACAGGUACGUUGGCGACGCGUGUAAGAUAUUCAGAGGGAACCUCGAUAUGGUCAAGUGCCUCAUUGGACACGGAGCGAGUGUCAACUGCGUUGAUGAUAAUGGCGACACGCCUCUCCACGUGGCAAUUGAAUCACAGGAGGACGAGGUGGUUAAGUAUCUGAUUGAAGCGGGGGCGGAUCCGAAGUUGAAGUAA